UUGUACGGCAAAAAUGAGAAUCAUAUAGAGAGUCAGGUAAAGUCGGUCAGAGUAAUCAGCACCCAUAAGUGCAUGGAGUUCGGUAUCAAUAAAUGGUCAACCCUAAUGAUGAAACGAAGAAAGAUCAUUCAAAUUGAAGGCAUUGAAUUACCACAGUUACCAGACAUCAGGUAUAACGAUUAUUUUAUAGAUCACUGGACAGUGAAGGCUACAAUGUCUCGGGAUAAUAGAAAUACAUGGCACAAAGCGAUCAGAGAUGAAAGAGAUCAGGGGCGUAGAGAAAGAAUAUCACUGUAGAGUCAGGAUGAUCCUGAAGUCAAAGCUAAACGGAGGAUUUACAGCCAUCGACAAAAGGGCGGUCUCGAUUCUGAGAUAUGGUGCGCAAAUCAUCAGCUGGACCAAUAACGAACUUCAGGAAAUGAACAGAAAGACACGGAAGCUCCUGACACUGAAU